AUGCAUCAACGACCUGUACGGCGAGAUGCCGAUGAUGGCGCGGACGCGGAGAAGCAAAGCGAGAGCGAUAGGACGGACUUUGAACCUUCUCCACCUGACAGUGCUGGCUUCAAGGACAGAAUAGCUCACUUUACUUGGCCAUGGUUCGCGACAACAAUGUCCACGGGAGCAGUGGCGGUCGUUCUGUCCAACACUCCCAACAAAUUCCCCRGUCUCACCACCAUCGGCGAAAUCUUCUUCAUCCUCCAGCUGGUACUUUUCAUCCUCUUCACCAUGGCCAUGAGCCUGCGAGCAUUCUGGUUCCCUCGACGCUUCCUCUCAUCGCUCCAUCAUCCCGUUGAAGGCCUGUUCUUCGGAUCAUAUUGGGUCUCAGUAUCCCUCAUUCUGAACGCUGCGCAAGGAUACGGAGUACCCAAAUGUGGACCCUGGCUUCCCGUGGCGCUUCGGGUUUGUUUCUGGAUGUAUUGCGGGAUUGUGCUGGUCAUUGCCGUGGCGCAGUACUACGUUUUAUUCCAGGAGGAACGUCUCAAGAUCACCGACGCGGUGCCAGCUUGGAUCUUCCCCAUUUACCCUUUGUUGGUGGUGGGAACAAUGGGUGGGACCAUGAUUCCUUCUCAGCCUCAAUCGCAGGCCUUUGAUAUGUGGGUGGGGUCGGUCAUGUUGCAAGGUCUUGCAUGGACUGUGGCGUUGAUGAUGUACGCCAUGUACACGCAAAGACUCAUGACUUCUGCUUUGCCUUCUCCGUCAACGCGUCCGGGCAUGUAUGUGAGCGUUGGACCGGCGGGUUACACCGCGGCUGGUCUGAUCUCUCUGGGAUCUCAAGCAGAGAAGAUUCUUCCAUUCAACACUUUCAACUCCGAAACGCCUACCGCAGACGGCGAUGUUGUGCGAAUCAUCGGAAUCAUGGCUGGUGUCUUCAUUGUAAUCUUCGCUUUCUGGUUCUUCUGCAUCAGCACAGUCGCCGUCGUCGCCGGUGUCCGCCAAAUGCGCUUCACGCUCAACUGGUGGGCCUUUGUCUUCCCCAACGCAGGCCUCACUCUCGCGGCGAUUCAAAUUGGAAAGGUGUUUGAAAGCACAGUCAUCAACGGAAUUUGUAGCGCCUUGACCAUUUUGCUCGUGAUACUUUGGAUCAUGACGGCGGGAUUUCAUAUUCAUGCUGUGGUGAAUGGGAAUAUCAUGUGGCCUGGCAAGGACGAGGAUAAGGAUAUGAAGGAUCGGAAUAUGCAUACGAUGGGGUGGGGCAAGUUUUCGGCUUGA